AUGACCCCUCACCUGAAUCCGUAUAAGGUUGCUUGGAUCAACUCGACUACAAUAGAAAUUAAGGAUCGUAGCCUCAUUCCCAUAGAGUUCGUGGGAUAUCAAGACAAGAUUUGGUGUGAUGUUUUGGCCAUGGAUGUAGGUCAAAUUAUCCUGGGUCGCCCAUGGUUAUUUGACAAUAACGUUCAUAUCUAUGGGAGGUCGAACACCUGCGUGUUCGAACACAACGGAAAGAAAAUUAAGUUAAUACCCUCCCAACCCAAACCCCCCAAGACGGAAACCAAGCCUACCCCAGCCAAACAAAGCAAAGGGCUACACCUCUUGACUGCUAAGGAAGUAGAAGAUGAAAUCACCCAAGGAGCACCAAUGUAUGCCCUAGUAGCUAGAGAAGUGGAUGAGGAUCAAAAAGAGAAAAUCCCCGAGGAAGUUAAAUCCCUUCUUGAGAAUUUUGCUGAUGUGUUCCCUGAUGACUUACCUAACCAACUGCCACCCCUUCGGGACAUACAGCACGCAAUAGAUUUAGUUCCGGGAGCAUCCCUACCCAACCUCCCUCACUACCGUAUGAACCCGACCAAGCAUGCGGAACUGAAGAAACAAGUCGAUGAGCUCCUUCAAUGA